CAAGUAAACUUAGGCUUGAGUAGGCAGACAUGGCGCACCUGUUAAAAAUAAAACGUGAAUUUGAACAGUUUCAAAGGGAAUACUACUAUAGAAACAGACAAGCUGAGGAGAACAGGCAGAACGAGAAUCAGGCCGCCAUCCGGAUCCAGAGCUGGUUCAGAGGCUGUAAGGUGCGGGUUUACCUCAGCCAUCUGCACAAGAAGGCAAUAAUUAUACAGAAGAUAUGGCGGGGCUUCACAGCAAGGGCACGUGUCAGACAAAUGGUGAAGGCGGCAUAUUUUAUCAUGAAGAUGAAUUUCUACGAGGAGAUGGCGGUCAGGAUCCAGCGGAGAUGGAGAGGAUUCUUUGUGAGGAAAUUUAUCCAUAACUUCUAUGCACGAAAAAACUAUAUGGAAGGACUUGCAGUGAAAAAUGAACUAGUCAGGAGGAAGCUGGAUCAGCUGGAGGAUCUCCAGAAAAGAGAGCGAGACUGUCUGGAGAUGGUGAAAGAGCACACAGCCAAAGUCUAUCAAGCUCAUCGGUUACAUCACCUCCUCAGCACACAGCAGUGCCCAGGGGUCUUCAACUCUCCAUUCAGGCCAGCCCCCCAUGAGAUGGAGCUGCUGCUGAGGCAGGUCAAGUACCAGAUCCCCACCAGGCUGGCCUCAAGGGGCAAGGCUUGUCUCUUGGGCAUCCCAAGCUCAAAGCCCAGUUUCCCUGGGACUCUUGGAUCCCCAUUGAUCAAAACCUCUAGAACCUGCGGCUCCAGGCCGAUACUUCCUCCCAUUGCCAACAAGAAACAGCAGGGUCUUUUCAGAAAACCAGGAGAAGCUUGGGAGCAAUGCUUGCAUUGUCCUGAUCUGAUGACGUGUCUGCAGACCUCUUACAUGCACCUAGAAGAGGCCCAGAAUCAGCUACAUCAACACAAGCUCGUGAGAUUCCCCAGUGUCACAACUUGUCGGCGUCAGAUUGCGGAGGGCUUCUGUUUGUUACAAGGACAGGCUUGUCCCCGCCUCCAGGCGUUGGCAUUAUGAUGAUUGUCAUGGCGAUGGAGUGUGAGUGACAGGCGGGAUCACAUGUGCUAGCCGGGGAGCAGGAAGCCCAAACCGCCCAACUCCCUGACAUUAGUUUGUCCUUCAUCAAAACUUUACAUUCGUUUGUAACUACUCACUCUCUGUGUUGCAAAAUCUUUCUUGUUUACAUCUUUUUUACCAUCUGUCUCUCUCAUGUGCUGAUCUUUUU